AGUGUAUGUUGUCAAUUUUGUUAUUUUUAUUUCAGUAUUAUUGGUAUUGCAAUUAAAUAAAUAAGAAAUUUUUAUUUAAAUAGUAUUUUUUAUAAUUUUUGGUUAUUUUAAACUAGAAAUUUCAUAUUUAUUUAAAUAUUUUUUUAUUAAUUUCUGCAAAACUUACAAGUCUUCCUGUACAAGGUUAUAUAAUUCAAGAUGGCAGCGCACAGUGUUUGCCAUGUUUUCCGAGUUUACAGAUUCAGUGGAAAGUUAUUGCGAGUAUCGAACCAUUGCCGUGCCUUGCAGGUAUUAGACAUCCCACAUUCGAAGCUGUUCUCGACAGAUGCCCAACCAAAGAAAGAGAAGAAACCGAAGGAUUCUGUGGCUGCUGUGAUCGCUGCUGCACAAGAUAGACGAACAGCCUAUGACAGGUUGAUCCAACAUGAGGAGUUGUCAUAUGAGAGAGGGCGCCGUCACCUUGCGAAUAUGAUGGGGGAGGAUCCAGAGAAUUUUCAGCAGGAAGAUGUUGAUAGGGCCAUAGAAUACCUGUUUCCAUCCGGUCUGUUUGACAAGAAGGCCAGGCCCAUGAUGAAACCCCCGGCGGACUACUACCCGCCCCAGAAAGCGGCCCAGUUUGGAGCGGACGGUAGACCGUUCGAUGCCUUAUUCUACACCGGCAAACCAAACUACUACAAUCUGAUGCAUGAAACGGUUACUCAGAUGAAUAAAGUCAUCGCCAAGGAGGAUGAGAUGAUAAGAAAAGGAAUCCUCGUACAUGAUUCUGAACCUGUGAAUGUUUCAAGGAGCGAAUGGAUUGACAAAGCCACUGUUGAAAGAAUGGUUGUAGAGUCAUUGUCGGACAAAGAGUAUUCAAACUUCAUCAGUCUAUUGGAGAGGAUACUACAGCUACCGUACGCGAGUGAGGUCAGUGAUUAUAUACACAAAUAUAGACGAGAACUGGUAGCCGAGCUAAGCAAGGAAAUCAUUAGCCCAAUCCAAGAGGAUGAGAAUGGUCGACCAUACAGCACCGGGGACGGCUGGCGGAAAACUGCUAAGGCGUGGGUCACACUGAAGGAUCAUGGGAAUGGUCAGGUCACCGUCAACGGAAAAGAGUUUCUCAAAUACUUCACGUGGGUGCGAGUGAGAGAACAGAUCUUAUUUCCAUUUCACUUCACCGGAACCUUGGGGCGUUUUGAUCUCGAGUGUAAGGUCAAUGAAGGAGGCAUUACGGGUCAAGCUGGUGCGAUCAGACUUGCUCUGUCGAGGGCGCUGUGCAGCUUCGUAGAUCAGCAGAAGAUAGAGCAGAUGAGGCAAGCUGGACUGCUCACAUUAGAUCCAAGGAUAAGAGAGAGGAAAAAGCCAGGGCAAGCCGGAGCAAGAAAGAAGUUCACAUGGAAGAAAAGGUAGCUGUUGCAUCUGGACGUGACAGAACUAUUCAUGAACUUACAGAUCCAAGAUACUGUCCUCUCCUAGAUAGCUGUUACCCGUGGAUGCGAAAGAACUUCCCAUCAACUUACAGAUCCAAGAUACUGUCCUUUCCUAGAUAGCUGUUACCUGUGGAUGCGAAAGAACUUCCAAUGAACUUACAGAUCCAAGAUACUGUCCUUUCCUAGAUAGCUGUUACCUGUGGACGCGAAAGAACUUCCAAUGAACCUACAGAUCCAAGAUGCCGUCCUUUCCUAGAUAGCUGUUACCUGUGGACGCGAAAGAACUACCAAUGAACCUACAGAUCCAAGAUACCGUCCUUUCCUAGAUAGCUGUUACCUGCGGACGCGACAGAACUUCUCAUGAACUUACAGAUCCAAGAUACUGUCCUUUCCCAGACAGCUGUUACCUUUGGAUGCGAAAGAACUUCCUAUCCUAUGAACUUACAGAUCCAAGAUACUGUCGUUUUUGAGAUAGCUGUUACCUGUGGACGCGAAAGAACUUCUCAUGAACUUGGCAAAAUUAACGGAGGAGCAAUUGUCGUAAUAGCAAAUAUUGCUUUAUGAGGCAAUUGCAGUGCUUCAGUGGGAUAUGUACCCUGGACCUUGUAAUGUACAGUUGAACGAUUUGCCACUUAUCCACAACCUCUCUCCAAGUGACAUUCAUGAAUGUUAGGUCUUGGACUUAUGGGUCUUAGGUUAGUACAGAAAAUCAGGGUCCAGUUACAUGAAACUUAGAAAUUGAUCAUAAGUAUGAUUUCUUCGAUUGAUUGCAUAUGUUAAUAAAUGCAAUAAUCUUUGAAAAAGAAGAAAAAUCAUUCUAGCAUUUGAUUCAAUGUUACUGAGAAUGAUCUCCCAAGUUUCUUCGCAAAUUCUCUGUUAAAGUCACUUUUAAACUUGGUCAUUUGGGGGCCCCUCGUAGAAAGAGUCACUUUUAAAAACACCUUUAAAAAAAGUCAGAUGCAUGUGCUGAAUAAGCACUUCUGAAUGUUUAAAAAGUAGUUAUGUUUGAUUUUUUUUUUACUUGUGAUUGAUUUGAGCUCUUUUUGCAACAGGCCCCCAGAUGAAUGAUGUUACCCUGAUAGUAAGCUUUGAUGGCAAAGUUUAAUUAUUGAGUUUUAUGAAAUCGGGGCCCCAUGACAAUAAUGUGUAUGGUAUUAAUUAAAAUGUAUAUGACUAAGAAAAAUGAUUCCUGCCAUUUUGUCUUCUUGCAUACUGUUUUACAAAAUGUAUAAGGGGGGGGGGGGGUAAACUGACCAAUAUUGUCUGUGGUCUUUCAUUGACGGUGGGUUAUAAAUAGCUAGUCGUAAAAUACACCUUAAAGCCCAGCGCACACUAUACGACUCGUUGCGAUCUAAAUUUCAAAGAAAUUGUAAUAAACUUUGAUGAACAUUACAACCAAUACGAUCUUAGCAAUCACAGUCUAGUUCGAGCCUCCCUGUAGGAAUAAAAUCGAAUUCAAUUCCAAUUCGUAAUGACGUCAUCAUCUACUGCGACUUGAAGCCGAUUUGGACUUUACUCCGUCCACAGGGCUUGCCGCAAAGCAAAAUUAUGAUUUUAUUAUUCGUAGCCUUAUGCGGAACUUCAAAUAAAAUAAGUUUACUUCUUGGAACGUUCAUAUUUAAUGCAAAGUGCAAUUUUUUUUCUUUUUAAACCAUGUAUCGGAUCGUAUAUUGUGCGCUAGGCUUUUGAGGCUUUCCAGUGCUUUCGUAUAAAGAGAGAAAAAUGAUUUUGAGAGGGAAGUACCCGUUUUGCUUCUUGGCAACAUAUAAGAUGGUAUGUAUGUAUUGAGUAGUGAAUUUGUGUAUUAUCAUUCAAGUGGGCCUUUAUUACAAGACUACACUCUCAGAAUGUUGCAUUGUGGGUGAAGAACCGGGCCAGGUUUUAGUAGUUUAGGACUGGAGGUGGUGCUAUUAAGGCCGCUGGUUUGAAUCUGCUUUAAUGAUAAUAAUUAAUAACAAUUGUGAUAUCUAAUUGAGCGCAAAUGACAAACGACAACUGUAAAUGUAAACAAAGUCGAAAAAGAGAUCUUAACAAAUACAACCAAGUACAUCAUUCUAAAAAAAACAGUUUUGCAUCACCCACCGGAAUUCCUAGCUACAUCCUGGAGGGGGCCCUCCUUUAGUUGGUUUCGAGGUACUAAUUUACCCUCUGAUCAACUUACAUUUUAUUCAGAAGUAACAGUAGUACACAGAGACAAAACACUUGAAUUUAAAUGACAUAUUUUAUUCCAUGAAUGUACAAUAUGCUCUCUUGAAAUUGUUUGAGGAAAACAUGAUAGCACAACUUUAUCACAACGGGAGAUAUCAUAAUUCUCUUGUAUGCACAACAAUACAGCACUUUUCAUAAAAAAUGUGCAUUUUUACAAUAAUAACAGUCUGUAUAUAGCGAAUAUCACAUAUCGUCACUAUUGGGGUGUUGCAAGAAACCAAUACGAUCAAUUGCAAGUCUAUUUUCAGUCCCUAAAUCAAUCACAUGUUUAGCAAUUGAAUAAAAAAUUGUGAUUGAUUGGCCUAAUCUGUUUCUUGAAAGGAGUGUAAUCUGACUUGCUACAGUCAAAAUUGAUCCAUCAAUAUUAGAAUUGCAACAGAAUAUUUGCAACUGAUUGCAAAUAUUUUCUUGCAACACCCCCUAAGUCUUGGCACUUCAAAGCAAAAAUGAGAAGAAAAAGAUGUAUCACUAAUCUAGUGGUAAGCAAAUUUCAUUGAACCUCUCAAAAACAAUAUACCAUAUAUAAUUUUGAAAACAGUGAUGAAUAAGCAUGUAAUAUUGAGAAUUUCUUUCAAUGAACUUGUUUCAUUUAGACCAAUAUCGCAGGAGCAUGAAUGCUUUGUGAAAAUGAUGCAAAUGACAGUAAAGUUCAACAUUAACUACUA